AUGUUGUCCAUGUGGAAAACUCACAGCCAAUACAAUUCGAUGUCCGUCUGGGAUCAGAUGGAAACUAUCGUGCAUAAGAACUUUAGAAAACCACAUUUCACUGUAGAGGUGCUGCCGUUGCUACGCGAGUCUGCUCUGGUUAAUCUACCAAACCAAAUGGAUCUCAGUGUUCUUGGCUACGAUUGUGCUCAUUUCUCCGAACGGGGUCUAUCACUUCUACAUAUUGCGAUUUGGAACUCGCUUCUUACAAAAAGUAAUUACCGGUCAACGCAAUAUCGCCCUGAAGCGCCUCCUUUGUUAUGUCCAGAUUUUCGAUGCCCAUUUUUCCGCACUGCCACUAAUAGCGGAUUUUGCAUAUGGAAACAGCCAUUGGUAGCUGAAGAAUCGCCCAUCUAUCCAAAGCUGAUCAUCGUCUGCGCGUUGGUGUUCUGUUUGCUACUGACUGCUGCAGUAUUGUUCUUCAUGUGCCGUAAACCUCAUCGAACCGACGACAUCAAGAAAUCUGCGAAACCCUUCGGCGCCAGUCUUAGUUCUAUCAAAUUUAUCGAUGAAGACGCUGUUUAA